CUUACCUGGAGGGCGAACUGGGUCAAUCUAGUGUGGAGUUCAGAUUCUUCAGAAAUGUCAAGUCAGAUAGAAGAUGUUGCAGAAGAAGAAGAAGAAGAAGAACGAAGACCUCUUGUUGAUUCCUCAAAUCUCAUUGUUCAUCAAGAUGAAGACACUAUAUUUCCUUUGCCAGAUAAAUCUUUACCCUCCCUUUCUGUUCCUAAUCAACGCCUUGCUUCUCUCGAUGUCUUCCGCGGUCUAACUGUUGCGUUGAUGAUUUUAGUUGAUGAUGUGGGAAGUGCUUUCCCCUCCUUGAAUCAUUCUCCAUGGUUUGGUGUGACACUUGCCGAUUUUGUUAUGCCGUUUUUUCUCUUUGGCGUCGGCGUUUCCAUCGGUCUUGUAUUCAAGAAAGUAUCUAGCAAACCAAAUGCCACAAAAAAAGUCAUGUUCAGGACAAUUAAGCUUUUCCUUUUGGGGCUGUUACUACAAGGUGGGUAUUUCCAUGGGCGUGGCAAUUUAACAUAUGGAGUUGAUUUGAUCAAGAUUCGCUGGCUUGGUGUACUUCAGAGGAUAUCUAUUGGAUAUUUCUUGGCCUCAAUAUCAGAGAUUUGGCUAGUGAACAAAAAUACUUUGGUAGACUCACCAGUAGCUUUUGUGAGGAAAUACUCCAUUCAGUGGAUGUUUUCUAUCUUACUUUGCUCAGUGUACCUUUGCUUGCUCUACGGCCUCUAUGUUCCAAGUUGGAAGUUCAGAUAUUCUAACUUGCUUUGGUCUGGUCAUGUAUCAAUUAUUCAAGAUGUUCAUUGUGAAGUGUGGGGCAGUCUUGAACCUCCUUGUAAUGCAGUGGGAUUUAUAGAUAGAUCAAUUCUUGGUGAACAUCAUAUGUACCAGCGUCCUGUGUAUAGAAGAACAAAGGAGUGUAGUGUUAAUUCUCCCGACUAUGGACCCUUGCCUCGAGAUUCACCUGCAUGGUGCCUUGCACCAUUUGACCCAGAGGGUAUUUUGAGUUCACUGAUGGCUGCCAUUACAUGUUUUGUGGGAUUGCAAUUUGGGCACAUACUUGUACUCUUACAGGACCACAAGCAGAGGGUAUUUCUUUGGUCUGUGUUUUCCUUCUCUCUAUUGCUAAUAGGAUACAUUCUGGAGAUUUUAGGAAUUCCUUUAUCAAAAGCACUGUACACAUUAAGCUACAUGUGCAUCACUGCAGGAGCAUCAGGCUUGGUCUUGACUGCUAUCUAUUACAUUGUUGACAUAGAACAUCUCAGAAAGCCUACAGUUUUACUACAAUGGAUGGGAAUGAAUGCUCUUAUAGUAUAUGCAUUGGCUGCUUGUGACAUAUUCUCAGCAGUUAUCCAAGGUUUCUAUUGGCGUUCUCCAGAAAAUAACUUGGUUGACGCCAGUGAAGCUUUAAUACAGAGCAUAUUUCAUUCCGAAAAGUGGGGUACACUAGCCUUUGUAAUAGUUGAGAUAUUGUUCUGGGGUCUUUUUGCUGGUUUCCUCCACAAGAAAGGGAUAUAUAUAAAAAUGUAACGGAUGAUGCCAUCAUACGAGAGAUGAUGACGUGUACAUUUAUGUUCCUUGUAGAUAUCUUCCAUUAGAAACCAGCAAUGUUUUAUAGCAAGUUAAUAUCUUGUUGGUUAUCUUUGCUGGUUCUCCUAUACUGCCAAAAUUUUCUUCUGAACUUUACCUUAGGAAUAUCUCAAAGGCAUUUCCACUAUGUGUCUUGACAAUCUUAAGGCGAACAGAAUUCAGCAGGGGACUGAAUUAAAGCUUAAAUAAAAGUAAUGUGAUUUUGUUUUUUUACCCCCGUCCCAAAACCAAGAUCAUUACAGCUAUUAGCCAUUACUAAGUAAUGUAAAGGUGACGGGGUUGCUCGAGUGGCCUAAUCAUACCUUUUUUUAACGG